GAAGCCUUGCAAGGCUUGCAAGGUAAGCAAGCGCACCCCCGGCCAGCGCAUAUUAAAUGUAAACAACGCAUGGAUGUGACAAUUUCGGGCCGAAUCGGCAGUGACUAGCGUCGAAAUUGAGCUUUUUCCGCCGAAGCAGGCUUGCGGGAAAUGGCUACGUACGACAACAAGCACUGGUUGCUCUCGCACAUCCGGCACUCGUUCAUUUUCUCCGACGAGUCGGGAUUCAGCGAAAUGGUCAUGAUGGACGAGGACUUGAGGGUGCCUUCGAUGACGGCCUACCCCGGUCUUGACCAGGACGAGGAGGACGAGGAUGGGGACCUUCCCAGAUCCCUCGAUAUUCACUGUGAUCUAGAUUUCGGCGCCCACAGGAGACGAGUCAAUACGGCCCAGAAGUUGGAAAAGAUGGAUCUGGAGAGGAAAAGGGUGGCGAAGGUUACAAGUAUAAAAUGGGAAGAUCCACCGCCUAAUAUGUCAGAUAUGUCCUCUAUAGCCUUUGAGAAGAAAUUAGUGGAUAAGAGCAAAAAAGAAGCGGUAAAAGUCAAGCGAAGUUCAACUCUCUCUGCGCAACUAAAAGACUGCCCUGUUCUUCACAAAAACCCCUUCCUAGACUUUUCAAUGUUUGAUGGAAAUGCACAAGUUGGUGUUCCUGUCAAGCGAUACAUUAUUUUCCUGACCAUGCUUCCUCAGCACGAGAGAAACUACCCGUUGCAUGUUACCAUUGUGAAUACUGCUAAAGUCAAAGAACUUAUCGGACUGGUCUUGUGGAAGUGUUCAGUGGAAAGAAAUGCUCAAUCUUCUUUGUUGGAGGAUGUGUCAGCCUAUGCGCUGCACAUUGCUGAAGAUGAUGGUGAAGUAGACUGGGACUUUCCGUGCUUAGACGAAAAGGAGAUUGUGUCCAAGUUUGGUUUCAGCUACUUGGCCUUAGUGCAAAAGACUGAUGUGAAUAAGUCCAGAGCUCAAACUGUAAGCAUGCCUUUGUCCAGUUUGGGAUGGUCUGCCUUAGCUGAGAGGGACGAGAAGGAAAUAGAGGGAGCAGAAGAAAGUGCUGUGCAACAACAAGCCAUGAGAGAAGCUGAGCAGCGAAUGAGAGGACACAUGACGGCAAUGGAGGCACCACUUUAUCAAUCCUUCCAAGUUCACAUCCUGAAUAGGAUGAGAGUACGGAGCGCUGUUCAUUUAGGAAUAUCCGGCGAGAAAAUUGAAAUUGACCCUGUGGUUCAACACAAGGCAACAUCUCAGCUGUGGGGCAAGAGAAAAGCCGCCACUUACGAUAUUUCUCGAGUUGCCGCCUGCGAACUGACCCACCAGAGAUCCACUAAAUCUUCUUUCCGAUUAGUUCAUCAGUCAAUAGUGGAAGAUUCGACAACUGCCUUCAAGACAUUAGAGUUUGAAGCGGAACACUCGAUUGCACAGGAAAUAGUGCAGAAAGUGAACCACAUUUUGGAGCUGCGAUCUGGUCCUGUGCGAAAAGAAUACUUGACCACCAAGGAGCGAAAGUCAACAAGAAGGAGGAGUUUUAGCUUUUCUUUGAAAUAGCAAUAAGCACUUGUCUUUCUGUGAUUCAAUAACUACUUAAUUCGUAACCAGAAAAAACGUUCUUCCUUU